UCCCGCUCAGACUGGCCGUGCAGCUGCUCCGAGCAGUCACAAGAUGCGGGCAGUCAUUGCCUUGAUCGCUAUGCUCAGCAGCCUGCUUCUCUUCGUGUGCCUCCUUUGGCUCACAGCAGACGGGUCCCUCAGCACCAGGGGCUUGGAGAAGGAGACCAAAUCAGCUACUGAUGUCACACCUAAAGGGCUGAGAAAACUCAGGUCCCCUUUAACAUCUGUCCAGCUUGCUACUCAAACCGAGAACAGAACAACUCUCAAAAAUGCAAUUUACCAACUUCAACAGGCUUCAAAAUGUAAGGAGAUGCAGGACAACAUUUGGUCUUCAUCUAUCAAAAAGAAAAGGUACUCUGAAGAUUAUUACCUUCAGAUGGUGACAAAAAUACAGAACUGCACAUGGAAAAGAAGACCAGAAGAAUAUACAAAAUUUAGGUUAGAACUAGCUUCCUGCUGUGAUGCUGUUCACAACUUUAUUGCUUCUCAAAACAAUACCCUGCUGGGAAGUAACAUGAGUUAUGAGGUGGACAAUAAAAAGACUAUCCUCAUCACAGAGGACAUUUUUAGGAUGCUGCCUGAGUCCCCACCCCUUUUGGGCUAUCCUUUUAAGCACUGUGCAGUGGUUGGAAAUGGGGGCGUUCUGAAAAAUUCCAGCUGUGGAGCUGAAAUCGAUAACUCUGACUUUGUAUUUAGGUGUAACCUUCCCCCAACCACAGGAAGUGUUAGCAAAGAUGUUGGCAAUAAAACAAGUCUCGUGACUGUUAAUCCAAGUAUCAUAGCACAGAAAUACAACAAGCUGAAUGAAAAGAAGGUGACGUUUCUGGAGAACAUUGCAAGUUAUGGAAAUGCUUUCCUUUUAUUGCCAGCAUUUUCCUUCAAAAGCAACACAGCUGCUUCUUUCAAAGUAUACCACACUCUACAAGAGUUCAGAGCAAAACAGAGGGCGAUAUUUUUUCAUCCCAGAUACCUGAAAAAUCUAGCCCAGUUCUGGAGAACUAAGGGCGUGAAAGCAUAUCGAUUGUCUUCUGGUUUUAUGAUUGCUAGUGCUGCUAUUGAACUGUGUGAGAAUGUGAAGUUGUAUGGCUUCUGGCCUUUCUCUAAAACCACAGAGGAGAUGCCAAUCAGUCACCAUUAUUAUGACAACCAACUGCCCAAGCCGGGUUUCCAUGCAAUGCCCAAAGAAUAUAACCAGAUUCUCCAACUUCAUGGAAAGGGCAUUCUGAAGCUGCAGUUUGGUAAAUGUGACUCGGACUAAAAAGGGUGGUGAUUCCAAAGGAGAAAAUUUGUGUAUAUUUCAGAAGUUUGGUAUUGGAUUUGAUAUGAUGUUGUUUUGUGAGCAUUAAACUGCACUAUUAUAAUUUGGAAAUAUUUUACACUUAAGGAGAAAAGUGAAUGAUUUUUGACAUAGUGAUUGCUACAUUUUUGAACUUCCUGUAAUCAAAAUUGUUUAUGCAAACAAAAUUUAUCUGGAAAAUCUUUGGAACUCCUGACUAUUGGUUAAAUUUAAAGCACAAUCUCAAGAUGGUGCCACUGUGACACUUGUAAUGUUUUGCUUGUUAAAUUAUUAUAAUUUUAAAAUGUUUUGACAUUUUUGUUGUUUUCAUACAAGGUGGACAAAAGUGUGUAUUUAUUAGCUCCAUGGUAUGAUGUGUUAGAUUUGGCAAUGAACUUUUUCUAUUGAAGGCCUUGAUCCUGCAAAUUCCUCCACUAAGUGGAGAAAUUAUUGCAGAAAAAAAUCAUUUUGAUUGUGGACUAGAGUGCCCACUGGGAUUCUGGCUGCCGGACCCUGGCCAGCCGGGAUCCCGGCCGCAGGCCCGCUCAGCCCGCUGCCGGCCUAGGUGAACAGACUGGCAGCAGGUCGGCAGUGUAAAAUCAACAUUUUAAUUUAAUUUUAAAUGAAGCUUCUUAAACAUUUUGAAAAACUUGUUUAUAUAUUAUAUAAGUAAACUAGUGUUGUAUUGUAAAACAGACUUAUAGAGAGAGACCUUCUAAAAAACAUUAAAAUGUAUUACCGGCACGCAAAACCUUAAAGUGAAUAAAUGAAGACUCAGCACUCCGCUUCUGAAAGGUUGCCUACCCCUGUGUUAUAGAAAUAUUCCUACAGUCCUGUGAAAUUGAAGCAUAUUUAAUAUAUUUGUAAUUUACACAUGUUUUAUGUGCAUUUUCAUAACAGCUUCAUAUUUGGCCCUUAUGUUUAUAUUCUUGAUGUUAAUUACAUCAAAAUACCUAAUAAAAUUAUUAUUCAUUAAAUUCUAUUAGAAUGAUACAGAAGUUACAAAAUAUUUCCAAAAAUAGGGGGGAAGAGGAGUGAUGCAUCCCAAUGGCAGAAUUUUGAGACUAUCACAUUGAAUUCUCCAUUAACAAGUAACUCUUCACCUGUCAUUUUGAACAAUUGCUUCCCGGAUUUACUUCCUCUAGAAAAGUCAGACCAAGUAAAGACCCAUUUUACACCAAGAGACUUCAUUACCUGGUGGUUUCAGAAGUGAGAGAAUCUUUCUUCCAUUUGCCUUUUUAUUUAUAAGAGUUAUUCCAUUGGGGGAAAAAAAAAAAACUUUGGGUUUUCCCCCCCCAACAUUUGCCUUUCUUGUGACUCCCCCAAUUCACUACAGACAUACUAAGGGACAGAUUUUAAAACCUACCCACAAGUGUGCAAGGACAGCUUGUGCAAGGACAGCUUGUGGGUUCAAAUAAUGUCACCUAACAUCCUGAUCUGCAACUGGAUCACCGGAAUGCACCCCUGCAGACCCUCUCCUGAAUUCACAGUGUAGAAUCCAAGAUGAUUUGACACAGGUGCAGGGGUGUGUAUGGGUAGAUCCAGUUCCAGAAUCUAACGCUUUGAAAUCCAGCUACCUAAUUGUACAUAUCAGUUAAAUAUCUUGGUGAGAUUAAUUGUGCCUGUAGACAAUUGCAAAACUGACAGGUGCAAAAUCAUGGCUGCAAAUUGAGAUACUGGUUUGAAGCAGAUAUAGGAGUUAAGCUUCUUUACAAACCAUCUCUACUUUUGUUUUAGUCCAUGUGAUGCAUAGACUCAAAUUAAAGGAGAGUGGUAAAUGGGGAGAUUCUAAACUACAUGAGUUUAUAAGGUUAUAAGUAAACAUACAUUUUCAUUUUCAAGGUAACUCCAUGCAUCAUAACACAUAACUGUAGUCUCAGGUUUAAAACUUGUAUCCCUUGCCUGAGGUUUCAAUAUCUCCAAAAUGUGUAUUGUUUGGGUUCACUUUUAUUUUGUUUCUUUUAUAUGUGAAUAUCACAGUAGUUAUUAUACAUCCUUUGUGCUGUUACGACUGCAUUUUGCCAGAAAAAAAGACGCUGAUAGUGUAGGCUCUGCUAAUUUUGUUGUUUUCAAAAGGUCUCUUAAAGAUUUAUCACUGCACAUUUUUAUGCUUUAAGAUAUAAACUUGCUAUUGUCUGUUCUCACACAUUAGGGUGUUACAGUAUAAUGUAUAAAUGUCUCUUUGCAGGAUUUAGGAGGAGGCAUGCAUUGCCCCUCUACUGUACGUGUGCAUCACCAUUUGCUUUUAUAACAGGAAAUUGAGGUGAAGUUGUAUUGUUGAGACAUCAGUCAGUUCAUUUUAAUUUCUACUUUGUUUUAUGUUUUUAAGUGCCUAAUGAUUUUAUGUGUGGGGGAGGGGGGGAAACAAAAACAAAAACCCACCCUUGAUUUCACUGUUAUGAUGCAUUCUUAACACACUGCACCGAUUCCAUAUUGUUCUGUAAUGGAAUACUUUUGCAAUUUCUGUUUGUAAAUAAAGACUUAUUAGACAUA